UUCAACAAGGGGCACAACUCUGAUUAAGAAAAUUUAUCCAAAAUGGCCGACGAUAACUCACCCACAUAUUCCCCUGACCAUUUUCCAAGUUCUCCAGAAGAGGACUCUGUAGAGGUCGCCAAAAAGAUGGGGAAAACAAACAUGUUACAGUGGAUGGAGAUAAGAGUGUCAGAACCUGAGAAAAGAACAACAACAGCCAUGAAGAUGACAGACACAUAUAUGGUGUAUCUAGUAGAGACAAGGAUUAUGGACAACAGUGUAAAAUGUAAAGGUGAUGGUACAACUUCUUUAUGGAGACGAUAUAGUGAAUUUGAAAUACUCAGAAAUUACCUUGAUAUAAUGCACCCAGCAUUAGUUAUUCCACCCUUACCAGAGAAAAAAGCUACAUACACAUGGCAGAAUAUGGCUACAGACAAAUUUGAACCAGAAUUUAUUGAGCGUAGAAGAGCAGCACUUGAACCAUGGAAUGGAAUGAGUACAGGCAGUUCAAUGUCUGUCAACUCGCUUAAUGUAGAUUGUAUUGUUCACGAGGAAAUGCGAAGGCGGAUGGAAAGAUUUCCUUGUAUAGGCAACAGAUGUUUUCAGAGCUGUGUAUGUAAGCAUAUUUUUAUUGAUCACUCUGUUUUUGUUUUCCAGGCAGAAUCUAGAUUGAAAGCUAUCAGCGCAUCAUUUCGUCUCAAGAAACCAGAUAAACGAUUUGAAGAAGUAAAGAAUUACAGUGGAGAACUACAGAGUAACAUAGCCAAUCUUCUUAAAGUUCGAGCUAGGAUGGCUGAUCAUCAGUAUGGUAUACAUAAACUACAUGCAAACUAUCAUCGAGUAUUCAAUGAAUGGAGCGGAAUAGAGAAAGAUAUGUCAGAACCUCUACAGAGUGCUGGGCAUUAUAUGAAUGUUGAUUCACAGUCUAUUGAUGCUAUAUUAGAGGAGGAAGAACAAUAUGCAGAUCAGUUGAAGGAGUAUAUGGCAUUUGGUGAAUCUCUCAGGUCAGUAUGUAGGAAGUAUGAAUGUAUGCAGUAUGACCAUGAAAGAGCCGAGGAUAGUCUUGCUAGUAAAUCCAGUCAAAAAGAAAUGCUGGCUCAGGGGAAGACUGCAGGAGGAUUUAGCCUAAGUGGAAUGAAGAAAGCUCUGUUUGGUAACGACACACAGGAGCAACGGGAACUAAAGUUGAAACAUUUAGAUGAACAAAUCAAACUUACAGAACAAGAACUGGCGCAAAUUAAUGAAGAAACACAAAAAUUUGUAGAAGCUGCCUUGCGAGAUAUUGACAGAUUUAAAAGACAGAAAACAAAAGACCUGAAGGAGAUUUUUACAAAUUACGCCAUCAUGCAGAUCAAACAGUGUAAAAAGGGCAUUGCAAUCUGGACAAGUGCUAAAGAUUGUUUUACUAAAAUGUAAGAAAUAAUUAAUAUGAGUGAGAAAUUACAGCAGACUUAAGGGAUGUUAUGGAUGGUAACAGUUUAAAG